AUGGCCGACCACUCGGCUCAGAUACAGGAGGUUUGCGCGUUUACCGGUUGCAAUGACUAUCAAGCUCGCACGGUCCUAGAGAGGUCCAAUGGCAGCGUGGAAAGGGCGGUCAAUUCGUUCUUUGACGAUCCGCCACCAGAAAGACCCCCACCAGGCUCGAACUCGCAAGCUUCCUCAAAUGCGAUUGUUCCCUUUCAAGGACCCGCAGAUCCGUCUACUGCGUCAGGAUCAGGAUGGGACGUGCCAAACAAUCCAGCCUAUGCUCCUCCGACAGGGCCCCCUCCAGCGUCCGGCCAGGGUUGGGCCGGCAACAAGAAAGAUGUGAUCGACUUGACCGCCGACGCCGACACGGACGAGGAUCUUAGGCGAGCCGUGGCCGCCUCGCUUCAGGACCACCAAUCGCAACAAGCCGCAGGCAGACCAGCAGCUCCAACUGGGUCGAUUGGCGAUAUCGGCAUGUCGGAGGACGAGCAGAUACGACAAGCGCUCGAAGCAAGUGUACAAAGCCAUCACGACCUCAUGCAAACCACGGGCUCCGGUGCAAGGACGCCAGCGCUUCCUCAGCACCUCGAUUUCAAUCUGCAGAGCCGUCGAGUGCAGGGAGCGCCGAUUGCCAUGGUGGCGCCGUUCGCCUCGCUUGAGAUCGUCGCCAGCUUACUGCAAGCCUUGUUCGCAGCGCCACAGGUUCGCACAGCCUACCUAGCAUCUCGACCGAUCGACAAUCGUGGCUCGGACUUGUCCAACUUUUGGAAGGGAGCUGCACCCACCGACUCGAGCUUGGACGCACCACAAGAUAAACUGGACGCCCACAUGGAUCUUUCGCGGCGACUGCAGACGCUCUUCGCUUUUGCGACACUUUCACAAAGGCCACUCUGCGUGGUGCAGGACGUGGCCUCGCUGGCACCCAGCGAGGUGAUCGCACGAGGCGCGGACCACUCGGCCCCUGCCAAGGUCGCCAGUCUCUUUUACGAGUUCGUAGUGGACAGUCUUGGCAAGCACAUCUCGGCGUUCACGGACACGAUUCUCAACACACCCAAUGCGGAGCCCGUCGACACGGAUGCCUUGUGGAUGACAGACGCACUCUUUCUGUCCAGCGGAGCGGCUGCUCUCACUCAUCCAGCUUCGCCCCGUCUCAAUGGCGAGUCAGGAUCAUCCUCAUCAUCACCACCCAAGGUCGAGCAACACCGAAGCUUCCUGCAGCUGCGUCACGACUCGGUCAACUCAGACACCUACUCCUGUCUUCGGGCUGCGCUGGCGUCCGAUGGCGAAGGCGCUCUGCUCACGCGGACAGCAAGCGUCAUCAGCAUGGGCAUCGACCACGCCCUCCCCACAGCCGAAGGAGGUCCACCACCGUUCACCAUCAACGAACGCAUUCACCUCGACUCGCUCAUGUGGGACCGACGGCAGGGCGUUCGACUCGAUGCUGAGCUUCGUGAUCUCGAAAUGGUGCGCCUCGAUGCAAUACGUCAGGACCUCGAAGCACGCAAACGCAAACUUCUCGGCGACGGCGGGCGGCCAGCCAACGAGGUGCUCUUGGGCGCAAAACGCUACUUCGAACAAAUUGCGACACCUGGCGACGGCACCGAUGCCAUCCGAUCCUCCUCACUCGCAGAAGCAGCGCCGCAGAUCCAAAAGAUCCUCGACGCAGUCCAAGCCGACCUCGCCGCCACCGACAAGCUUAUCGCCAAGAUCCGAGCGCAGAUCGAUGCCAAGCGCGCCCUCGUUGCCGACCGCGCCAAACGCGAGGCUUCCAAUCCAGAAUGGACGCAGCUCGCGUACGAUCUCUGUGCGGUCCUGUACAACGAGCUCGGUCGAUGUGUUGCGCUCGUCAAACAGCCCAACGGCUCUUGGUGGAAGAUCGCCAAUGGUCAAGCGAUCGCCGUCGACAAAGAGGACGUGAUUAUGGGCCGACCACAAGACCCGUCCUCGGGCGUCUUCUGGGUUGUCUACGCCAGGGUCGAGAAUACGACUUCGACCGUGGAGCAGGACGAACAGGCGAGAGAGGAGUUGAUCAGUGAGGCGAUGAAGGUCGGGAUAGCGGAUGACAAUCUGACGUAUGAGUCGGAGUUGCUGUCGUUGAUUCGGUCGGAUGCUGCGACGCCCAGCUCGACGGUGGCCGAGGGUGUGCCGGGUGAGGUGGAGGAGAAGGGGGUCGAUGUGACGAUGGAGAAUGGGGAGGCGGAGGAGCCCAAGUCCCCUCGAACUACUUGA